CUGCUUUUGGAUCUCUUCCUCUCUCCUCUCAGCCUUACACCAGCCAUUAAUCUUUUUUAGGUGGGUUGAUUUUGAGCCUAGGGUCAAGGAUAACAGCGAAAGGUGAAAUAAAGGAACAAAAUGGGAUAUGUAAAUAUGGUUCCCUUGAAACUAAGCAAAUAAUACGACAAUAAUUUUAGCGCUCAAAACGCGCUGUGCGUUACAGUGAUGGCUGAUGAUAAUAACUCCAAUGGACUACAUUGUGUGGCUAAUUCAGACAAUGCUCUUAAGUUAAAGAUAUCAUUUUCUGGAAGCAAACCUACGCAAGACUGCUUCGAAGAUGCAGUUAAGAAGUAUAAUAAUGCAUAAUAGUAUUUCGAGGCGUUGUAUAAAUGCAACUGAAUAAUCUGUGAAGGUUUCUAUGGUAAACCUUACUAAAGUUUUGCACUUGUCAGCUGAGCCUGAUGUUCUAACCGAAGUUACAAGUCGAAACCUUUAUACUGUACUAAAUGAAAUUCAUCAGAAUCUUGUUCGCAGAGACCCUCGUGGAAUUUUCGCCAAUCCUGUAACUGAUGAUAUUGCUGUUGGUUAUUCCGAGGUGAUCUCAAAACCUAUGGAUCUUGGAACGAUAUGCAGCAGACUUCGCUCUCGGGCAUACUAUCGUUCUGCUGCAGAAUAUCUUGCUGAUGUUACAUUAAUGUGUGAUAAUGCAAUGGUCUACAAUCCUCCAGAUACUAUUUAUUUUCAGCGUGCGCGAAAACUUUUAUCAUUCUGUCGCAAACAAAUGAGUUUAUCGUCUCUACAAAAAGCCGGUAAGGAUUUACCAGGAGGAUUAACUGCAGAGGAAAUUGGUGAUUUGAUGAGUGUAGAAAAUCAAAUGAGUCAUAUGAUUCGUAUGAAAGCCUUUAUCAGAUCUUCGAAAAUACACAGUAAUGCGGAAAGUGAGUUCAGAACAACAGGAAGUGAUUCGAAAUUCGGCCUUUCACCAAAAUAUCGUAGUGAUUCUAAUCGUAACGUCGUUGUUAGUUCUCAGUCAUCUAUUGUAUAUCCUGUCCAUAGAAAGAGAGGUCGUCCAAGGUCUCAUCUGUCUACCACGUCUAGAUACCAGAUUCAUUUAAAUAGGAAACCACUCAAAAAUCUUUCACAUAUCUCAUCAGAGCAACAUGCGUUUCGUGAUGAUGUAAAAAGUAAACAUAGUAUAGAAAGUCGCGUUUCUUCUUCUUCUUCUUCACAAUUGGACAUGUCAUCAACGUAUUGUAGUGCUCCUCCGAAAGAAAUUCAGUCAACGCCUAAAAGUGGCACCAGUCGAUCGUUCCCUGUUCAGUCUCCUGUAGUAAUUACCCCACAGAAACGUGGUCGUGGUAGACCAAGAAAAAUAAGGUUGGACGACUUACAACCUCCUGUAUGUAGUGCAAACUUAAAUGUUUCCUCAGAGCUUCAAGAUUCUUCAAUCUUAUCUCAAACUUCUACAUUAGAUAUUAAAGUGCAUCCUGAUAGUGUGUCUGCUAUAUCCCGUGAUCAGUCUCAUUCCGAGAAUUCUAUGAUAAUUAAAUCAGAAAACACACAAUCAGAAUAUGACAACUGCAUUGCUGACUCUAUAAUAAAGGCUGAACCAGAUUGUGAUUCAAAUACUGAAAAUUUUGCUUUAAUGAGUAAAGCUCCAUCGACUGCAUCAUCUUCUCCACUAUCUGGAUCUUCUUGUAAAACUUUUAAUGGUAAAGCUUCAUUAAUUUCUAAAAAACAGAGAUUCAUGCAUCGGGACAAUCAGUCAAAUAAACACUUAUCUCAUUUUAAGGUUGACAAUCACUAUAAAUACAAAGACUCAUGUGUUUAUUCGGAUAGAGCGAACAGUGUGAAUGAUGAUGAUGAUAGUGUUUACAAUGAUGAUAGUUGCGACGAAAGCUCGGACAGGUUACACUAUCGUCAAACAGCUGAUAAUCUAUCGAGUGAAAUUCUCCUUCAAGCUAAAAAAGCCGCUGCAGAGUCUGCUGCAAAACUGAAGCGAAAAUACGCAAAUAUUACAAGUAAUGAAAAUAAUGUGGAAUAUAUUGGACCGAAAAUUGUGUGUUUAAAUUGCACAACUGAAGGAGAAGUUUCUGCAAUUGAAUGCCGAAAUGCGCGUUCCAAUACAAUUUCCAGUGAUCAAAAACUUCCAAAUAAAACUGAUGACACAGUAACAAGUGAAGAAACCACAAAACCGGAGAAAAUUCAGAAGAUAUCUUACCCUCCACUUCUGAUAGACUUAUUAACUAAACAGAAAGCACUAAAUAUUCCAAAGAUGGACGACUAUUCUAUGACUCAACAAAAUGAAAUUCUCGACAAAUUACAUAAAUUGAAGUGUAAUAGUUCAGAUGAACCAAUUGCUACAGCUAUUCAUGGCCCGCUGACUAUAUUUUCACCAAUGCAAUUGGUACAACUGAGCGAGGUCUUUAGUAGUGAUCCAAGUCUUAUUGAAUAUGCAGUUUCUUUGCUUAAAUUUGUCCAACCAGUCGGUCGAUGGGCUCGUCGUUGGGUUGCUAAACGUUUGGAUGCUGCAACAGACGGCCUACACUCUCAAGCUAUUUAUGCUCUUCAAUCUCAGUACGAUAACGAUAAAACUGAAUUACUUCAGAGUUGGUUUGACAAAGUGGACUUAACGAUUGAUCCUCCUACUCCAAAAUCUGAUGAAGUUGAUACAGAACACCUUGAACCUUGUCUCCUUGAUCUUCUUAUGGAUGAUGAUACAGUUACUUCUUGUAAUAACAAUACAAAUGGACCUAUACUAUCUACUGAUAAUGAACAUAUUUCACUUAUUUCUGACGUACAAAUAUCAUGCAUCAAGAAUGAAAACAUAAAUUUUGUAAAUACUUCAAAUUCGCCAAACCCUAUCGAUGUAACGUUGACAGCAGAUUCUUGUGAAACGUCAUUUUAUAAUACUUCUGUAUCCGCAUCUGAGGUCACUGUUUCCGCACCAAAUUCAACAACAAUAAUUCCACAACAAAAUUCCUCACUGAAUAAUGAACUUAAUGUCAUAAUUUGUGACUCAAUACCAUCGUCUGUUUCAGCGUCAACUUCUUGUGACAAUAUUACAGCACACAGUAGUGAUACCCAGUCAACUGGUCAAGUACCACUGGUUGCUACCAAACCUUCUGAAGGACAGGCACUCUCUGAUGACGAAUGUGCUUCAAAUGUCAAAGUUGCAGAUGAUGUUGUUUGCUCUAAUUUCUCCAGUUCAGGCGAUCUUAAAUCAGAUUGCUUUGUUCACGCAAAAAGUGAGCAGACAUCUGAAGCUCCAAGUGAUAGUUCAACGUCACUUUUGAAAACUGCUCUCAGCGCUGCCUCUUCAUAUUCUCUAACUACUUCACAUGAUCGAAUUGUUGUACAAAAUAAAGUAAUUUCAAAUGCAGGAGAAGAUAUUACUAAAAAUUUCUCCUCAAAUGACUGCUUACCUACCACCAUGCCAACAACUAGCUUACAGCAUAGUUUGUUUUUGGAUUCCCAUCUUAUUACUCACAAGGAAAUUCGUCGUGCUGUUGAAACACACGCGGAAAAUAAUCUCCCAGUGAAUCAAAUUUACGACACGACUAAUUAUGCAGAAGCCAAUUCGUCGACUGUAUGUCAACUUCAAAAUUCAUGUGUAAGAAUAUGUGUUGAUAUGGAUGCUAGUUCCACGUCAUCUACAGAUACUGACAACGCCAACUCACGUCCAUUGUUAGAUUUAAUCUCAUCAGAUAUUUCCCAGACUAAUCCGGAAACUAAUGUUGAUAAUACAUCGUUUUCUUGAUUUUCAGGUUUCAUAUUCUCAAGGAAAGCUAACUGUGUACAUAUGAUUGCAUGUAUAUACUACACAUUUCUUACCAUAAGGUUACCAAAAUUGUACAAAUUUAUUUACUACAGAGGAGUUUUUACUUGAAUAGACUUUAAAACAUGUUUCUGUUCACAUUAUAUUUUUUUCUUCAAAAACUGUUCUAGCAUCCUAAUUUUUCUGAACUUGAGAUAUGAUUAUUCAGUUUGUUAAAUAGUCAAAUUUAUCGUAGCACCAAAAUGUUUAAUAUAAUAUAUAAUGCUCAAGUUAUACACACCAAAAUGAUGUAGCUAAAUGAAGAAGUCUUCAUCUCGAUAACUUUCUUUGUAACUGUGCUCCUACCACUUAAGCAUAAUAAUAAUAAUUCCAUAUUAAC